GUCCGAUCUUGUCCCAGGACUGGUAACCCCAGUCAGUGACGUCAGCAGCCGUGGGGCGGCUAGCGGAGCAGCGACUGCACGGUGCAGUUAGUCCCACGACACGGCGGAGGACGCGGCACCGUUUAACUUCUGCAGAAGACGACAUGGGUUGCUUCGAGUGCUGCAUCAAAUGCUUGGGCGGCGUCCCCUAUGCCUCCCUGGUGGCCACCAUCCUGUGCUUCUCGGGUGUGGCCCUGUUCUGCGGCUGCGGCCACGUGGCGCUCACUGGCACUGUCACCAUCCUGGAAAAUCACUUCUCCACUUUGCCCAGUGACCACGCUCUCUUGACUCACGUGGUCCAGUUGAUGCAGUACGUCAUCUAUGGCAUCGCCUCCUUCUUCUUCCUCUAUGGCAUCAUCCUGCUGGCUGAGGGAUUCUACACAACCAGUGCUGUGAAGGAGCUUCACAGCGAGUUCAAGACCACCAUCUGUGGGCGCUGCAUUAGUGGCAUGUUCGUGUUUCUGACCUACAUCCUGGGCGUGGCCUGGCUUGGCGUCUUCGGGUUCUCGGCGGUGCCCGUCUUUGUCUUCUACAACAUGUGGUCCACCUGCGCUACCAUGAGGUCCCCAGGAGCCAACAUCACCUCCAUUGACUCCAUCUGCGUGGACGUCCGUCAGUACGGCGUAAUCUCCUGGAAUGCUACACCUGGGAAGGUGUGUGGCUCUGCUCUGGGCGACAUCUGCAACACCAGCGAGUUCUAUCUGUCUUACCACCUGUACAUCGUGGCAUGUGCUGGGGCGGGGGCCACUGUCAUCGCACUGAUCCAUUUCCUCAUGGUCCUCUCCGCCAACUGGGCCUACCUUAAGGAUGCGAGUCACAUGCAUGCGUACCAGGACAUCAAAACCAAGGAGGAGCAGGAGCUGCAAGACAUCCAGUCCCGCUCCAAGGAAUGCCUCAAUUCCUACUCAUAAGGAUCGCACGCUUGCGCCCCUCACAGGCCAGCCUUCAACACACGGCUAGCGAAACGUGCCGACUGCCCUCUCCCAGCGCGGUACUAACAUGGCUUCUAACAAACUAAUGUGUCAGUGUUGCCUCUCACUUUGGAGAAGAGUCAUAUUCAAAUACUAUAUGCGCGUUAGCAUGACUUAAAUACGUAUCUGAAUAUGACGCUUCUCUGAUACCUUCUGUUUCUUCAUUUUCUGUGUAGCUCUGUUGCCCUUGCCAGAAUUAGCUGGUGAAGCAUUGCACUAUUUAAACAGAAGGGACAAACGGCAUCAUCGCACCAUCUCUAUUCUAGGUUGGGGGCAUCUAGGUAGCUUGCAGGCUGCUCAGAUGUGAGGGGAUGUACGAGAGCGUCCUCUGAUUCUCCGUGCUUUUCUGAGAUGCCAUUUAAAUCGCAGAGGUCAGCACAAAAACACUCGCCUUAUGAAAACAGAUUGGAAAGAGGGUCUAAAAUGAGUGCAGUGUGUUGUUUCUAUUUCGUGCUGUUAUUUGUAUUUGGUCUUGACUUUUAGGCAGAAAAAAACUGUGGUGGCGUAAUUUGAUGCCAUAGCUUUUUCCAUUAGAGAUGUGCAUUUUGGGAAAUGUAGUUUGACUUAAAGCCAUCUUCAGCAGUGACCACUUUUUUUUUUCUCUCUCAUUAAGCGGGUAGUGAAGCUUUGUAAGCUUUGCUCACACGCUUUGACUUACGUGCAGAACUAAUACCCUAAAUGAAGAAAUGAUACUCUACCUCAGGUAUAAAUGGUAUCAGGAUCACUAGCCCAUAGGAACCAGUAACAAAAACUACAAAAAAUGCUAGUUAUAAAUAUCCCUUUAACAAAAGUAGAAAAACUGAUUUUCUUUGCAAGUAAUCUGAGCUCAGUCUGUAAAGUCAGUGAAACAAAUUUUGGCCUGCACUCCAAUUGGGGAAUAAACUAUGUAAGGGUUGACAUUUCCCUGUGUGGAAAAAGGUUUCCACGCCAGCACUGCAUUGAAAGAACCUCCUGCACCUUUUUGCACUUCGAUUUGAAGCGGGAUCAUUCCUGUUAGGGAAGUCUCCAAAGCUACCGUUUAUUUACCGUCUGGGGCAGUUUUGAGUAGUCUGGUGCACCGUAGUGCCUGGACCGAAUGAGGGACUAGCGUGAAUCCUUUCAAAAAUGCUAAAAUGUAAUGGGAACUGCUGUUAAAUUCAUUCGAAGGGAGCCAGAGAAAAUUCCAAGAAAAUCCUAAAAAUUCCAACGCUGUUCGGAAAGUCUCCUGAAACACAGCUCACCAGCUCUGUCCCAUUCCGGAGGAGGACUUGGAGCAGCAUGGAAAAAGUAGAUUAGUAACAUACAGCGUUCCGAUAACUUCAACUGUUCGGAGAGACAGGGUUUUCAACAAUGUUCCAGUGUUAUUCAUAGGAAUGCCAUUGAAUUAAUUACACCUUAGAACUAUUUGGUCACAUCUCAUAUACCAUCUCAUGAAAUACUUACACAUCCUACUUUGGAAGAUAUGGCCAAUAACUUUUACCGCUUCUUAGUGUAUAUUUGUAAAUAUGUCUCCUCACGAUGUAUCUAAUCUCAGUAUUAUUUUUUGUUAGAUAUGCUUUUAAUACACAAUGAUGCCGCAUUGAGAAUAUAAGGGAAUGAGUACAGAGAGAUGCAGCUAUACCUGGGACAAGGGCUCGCACUUUCUAUAUUUCAUUAUGAAAAAUGAUGCCUGCUUAUGUAUACCUGACCAGUUUAUGGUUCCGAGUGGUCUUUACAUCCCUAAUGCUUUCUUGUUUUCUUGAGAUUGAAAAGAAAUUGCUGAUAUUGAAGGUUCCCUCUUGAAUCUGUGUGCUCUGUAUGUUACCAUGGUUAACCUAAGUGUGCUCAACUCCGAGACGGUAAGUGUGAAGUGUGUAGUGGGGGGGUGAUUUCGGUGGGUUGAUGUGUAAAAUGUAAAAAUUCAGGAAUGCUUUGGAAUUCUUUUUUUUUUUUAAAACCAUGUCAGGAGAAUUUAAUGGGAAAAAUGUUUUGAAUCCCUUUUUAAAAAAGCUAUUUUUGGUAUUGUUUGUGCAAAGGUUAAAAUCCAGAUAAACAUUACAUGUACUGUAUGUUUUCUGUUCUAGUGACAAGACGUACAGGGAUAUUUUGAUGUUUAUUCAUUAUUGCAUGAAGGAGAAAUAACUGUUUCUGCAGUAAUUCAAGUUCUGUGUAGUCAUUUGUACUGACAAAAAUCUCGUAGGCAGUGUUUGCCCGCUCCUUUUUUAACAAAAAAAAAAAAACAUUGUGUGUUAAGUAGUAAAUCUAGCCGUUUGAUAGUCCACUUUUGUUUAAAAAAUAAAAAAUCUAAAAUCUCUACAGAUCCUUUAUGCAGCUAUUUGUAACCUGUUCGUUAACCUUUUUUCUACGAGUGCCAAGGCGUUCCUGGCAGUUAUUGAAGUAGAAAUUAAACGCGUAGCUGAGAUCAUC